UUAUAAACAAAUCAAUUAUUGCUGCUUUAAUUGAUUGAUUUUGAUCUUUUUAAGUGUUUUCUUAACCUCCCUUACGUUUUUUGAAUCGAAACCGCUUGCAAAAGCGAUGGUAAAGUGCUCUUUUUGGGAGCUGCAUUUUUUACAGCUUUGAUAUCAUACUGGUUAUAUGGUCAGGAUCACCACCUUUUUUGUGACUUUUUUUUAGGGUAAAACCACACAUACAUGCGAAGUUAGAAAUAAGCAAGUUGCGCAUUUUUUGAGCUGGUCUUUUGUUAAGUUACUAUGGAGAGUUGGUUGGCCAGUUCCUUCCAGAGCCUUACCGAGGAGGAUGAAUUUACUGACUGCUGUAUAUGCGUAGAAUCGAGGACAUUUCGGUGCCACAAAGUUAUAUUGGGCGUUGCCGCCGACUUCUUUAAGCGCACCUUCCUGUCCGGCUUUAAGGAGUCCACCACCGGGCAACUGGUCCUUACCAAUGUCAAGGCGGAUACAUUUGAAAAGUUCCGGCUGUACGCCUACACCUACAACAGGGAGACCUUGAACAACUACAGCAAUGAGGAUAUUGUCGGCCUGCUGGAGUGCGCCGCCAUGUGGAUGGUUGAUCCGCUGAAUAGGGACUGCGUUGAGAUCAUUAAGAAGAGACUGCCCGAAAUGCUUUUCUCCGAUCUGCUUCUCUACUUUGAGUUUGGCCACCAUAUCCACGAAGAGUAUCUCAUCGGGGCCGCUGCCAAGCAGUUAAACUUACGGUAUAUACGAGAUCGCAGGCUCCCAGACGAAGUCUUUCAAUUGGGCUCGGAUGUGUUCCGAGAGUUUCUUACCGCAAUGACGCACAUGAAGCAAAUAAAUCGUUAUCAGUGCGUGGAGAAGUAUGUGGCCAUUCAUGGAUUCGUACUUAACUUAGACGAUGCCAAGAAAUGGGAGUUCAAAGGCCUUGCCAAUAAUAAUAACAACAAACAGGAAUCGGAUGAAUAUGCGAACCCCAAUCCGUUCAAGGUCGAGAAAUUAAACUUGUCCGCUAAUGCGGAUGGCCUGGCGAUAUCCCUAGAUCCCAGGCCAAAAGAAAUCAACAUCGAGUAUGUAAAGAGCUUGUUAAAUCUUAUAGACUUUAAAAAAAUGACAGCUCAGGAAUUUUACGAUGGGCCCGGUAAAUCAAAAAUGAUGACCUUCGAGGAAAAGUUCAAUUUACUCUACACGAUAGUAAAGACAAGAGGUGAUCGGGGUUGUGAUAAUUCUCAUUCUUUUCCCUUUAAAUAAAAUAACCACAAUGUAUAAUACGCAGCAAAAAGAAUAGAUUUCAUUUUCACCAGAAUAAGCCUCAUUCCUAUACGUCAGGUUUUUGAACACACCUCUAAGGUGUUUCAAUACAUAUUCAGAAAUAUAUGAAAAAAUACCGAUCAAAAUUUAAGGAUGAUAUUUUGGAGACCAAUAAUAAAUUCUGCAAAUAUUAAUUU